UUACAAAUUUGUUCAACCUGCUUCCGUUGUGUGACAUUCAUUGUCCGCCUUAAUUGUGUUAAAAUUCCCCCAGGGGAAUUGUUUGAUGAUUGACUGGUCAACACCUUGUCAACGACACAGGAAAAGAGUGAAUAAACCUCUUAUCGUUACCUGUAGUAGGUGCAUUGCGAUGAAGGGAUACGAAUCCUUGACUGCACAGCCGGCUUGGAUUUGGCAAUCUCUUUGUAUGGACUCAUAUAAUGGGAAGCAGGUUUAGUGCGAGGAAAAAAAAAAUAGCAACAACGGGCGAACAUUGAGAAGUGUGAAGUCAAGUGCCUGAAAUAUAUAUAACCGCCAAAUUGGCGCACGAUCUUUUCCGUACCACGCUCUGUGCUCCAGGCAACAUCUUUAUUCACUCCGCAUAGUUCACAUUUUUACGUGGAAGGAUUACGCGGUGUUUUGUCGGUCGUAUCGGCGUCAUUAUUCAUUUUGCUAUUUAAUCACCGAGCGUUCGAAAUUUAGCCCCACUUAGCUGGCGAGCGUCAUGGCGCGAAUGCUACUGUGGCUGGUAUCGCUACUCACAUUUUGCAAGGCCUCGGACGUUAUGAAAUUUCAAGUUUUCGAAGAACUAGAAGCUGACACUUUUGUAGGAGACAUUUCAGAGAGUUCCAUAGUCAAAGCAAUGGCCACAAAUGACAAUAUUAAGGGAGAGCUUCGAUACGAGUUCCAAGGAUCACUGCAAACGUCUUUUGGUAUCGACGAAAGCACUGGUGUUAUACGGACUGCCGCGAAGAUAGACCGUGAAAACGUGUCCCUUGGACUUGUUCGCGACACAUUUCAAAUCUUAGUUCAAGUCUCGAAAGGAGUUAUGAAAGCGGCUAUACCGACGGAGAUCAAGAUUCUAGACAUAAAUGAUAACAGUCCCAUUUUUAAGGAGGAUAUUGAGAAUAUUUCUGUUAAAGAAUCUGCGCUAGGUGCAGAGUUGCCAAUAACGGUGGCGGAAGAUUCGGACAUUGGUAACAAUUCUGUUCAAAGUUACGAGAUUGUUGACAGGAAUGACGGUGGGGUGUUUGACUUAAAAGUAUCGCGCCCUACUUCGGAAAUAUUUCAAGUCAAACUUGUCGUGUCGAAAAGGCUGGACCGCGAAAUAAACGACAGCUACUAUUUGGUGAUCGAGGCGAGAGAUGGGGGUAGCCCACCAAGGGUUGGACGCAAAGGUUUGAGUAUCACAGUUCUAGAUUCGAACGAUCACUUUCCCAAAUUCAGCAAAGAUCGCUAUGUCGGCGAGGUUAGAGAGAAUUCUCGUGUAGGAACGUUUGUGCUGAAUGUUACUGCGACAGAUAAAGACAUUGGUACAAACGGUGAAGUCGUCUACUCUCUCCAAGUUCCGCCUCAAUAUAAAGAUCUUUUCACGCUGGACGCGCGAACGGGCGAACUUCGUACAAACGCUGCGUUAGAUUAUGAGCUCUCGAAGGAUUACCAGCUACAGGUGACGGCGAGAGACAAAGGACCGGACUCCAUUCCGUCAACUGCUGUGGUAAAUGUGAAGGUUCUUGAUGAGAACGACAACAAGCCAGAAAUAACUGUGAAGUUGCUCCCAGACGCCUUCGACAAGCAGGGCAAAAUUCCCGAGGACACCAUCCUCAAUACUGGUGUUGCUUUGGUAACGGUGCAAGACAGAGACAGUGGACCCAAUGGCCUUGUCACGGUCACUCUACAGCACCACAAGCAGGACUUCAGCUUACAGCCGAUGUUCGCUGGGCAAUAUAUCCUCAUAAUAGGACAGCCACUGAGUCUAGACCGACAUGCGCAGUACAAAAUCAAAAUCGUGGCUGAAGAUCAAGGUAAGCCACUGUCACAAAAGAACAGCUACAUAUUACCUGUCAAGCUAGCCGACAGCAACAGACACGCUCCGAGGUUCACUCGGAAGGUUUACGACGUGAACAUCGGUGAUGACGUCACUCCAGGCGCGGUAAUCGCGAGGACGACAGCGACCGACGAAGAUGAUGGGAGAAACUCCGAGUUGACCUACAGUGUGGAAAGCGUACGCAUAGGUGAUCGUAAUGGCAGCGUUGAAGACCCAUCUAAAUGGUUUGAAAUUGAUAAUACAGGGCAAGUGUUUGUUUGGGUGAAGUUAUGGUGCGUAUUCACUUCAUCUUUUACGGUGAACAUUGAUGUUCGAGAUGAUGGCCGCGUACCUCGACAUGGAAAAACUGUGUUAAAAGUCGUCGUUAAAUGUUCGCAGCAUAUACAUAAUUUUAGCGUGGCGGAGAAUAAACCUGAAGGAGUUGAAGUUGGAAGGAUUUCACUCACUUCUGCAGCACCAGACAAACUGCUUCGUGUAAGAUUGGCCACGAAUACCACCGACUUUGCUCUAGACGAAAAGAAGGGGAUAUUAACAACCACAAGAAUGUUGGAUCGAGAGGCGAACAGUUCUUACUCGUUGACUGCUGUUUUAUCAGAUGGAAGCGUGGAAAUGGAUAUUAUUUUGAACGUUGCGGUGGGUGACAUGAACGAUAACUCGCCCGUUUUUGUUGGAAUGGUAGGUAGUCAUAACAUGACUCUGUCAAACGCUGUUUUCAUUGGAGAAACAAUCUUGAAACUACAGGCGAUCGACAGAGAUUCCGGAUCAAACGGCCUUGUGAAAUACUCCAUCGUUAGUGGGAACAACCGUCGAGUAUUCCACAUGAACGAACGCAACGGGAAAAUUUCACUCAGAAAGGUACUGAACGAAAAAGCUUACACUUUGACAAUCAGAGCUGCGGACUCGGGUUUCAUCGAAAAGGAGGCUUUUCUACGUUUGAUAAUCUCGGUCAAAUUCAUUACUCCCGCACCUCCGCCCUCCGGUCUCCCAGGGGACAUUCCAGCUACAACGAAAGUGGACAAUGGUGUGGUGGAAACCCGAAAGGGGAAUGGGGGUUUCUUUUCGGACAUAAAGAUGAUCAUAGUGGUUGGAGCGUGCGUCGGCUUCUUGCUGUUAAGUGUUUGCCUGAUAGCAGUUUUCUGCUUGAAGUUCAGGCGUAGAAAUAACAAAGAAGAAGACAAACGCGGUAGCUAUCAUGAGCCAGACAUAAGUCGGGAAGAUGCCCUGAAGGCGUCCAAGAAAAUGUUCCACCAAGCGACUUCUAACCCGCGCCAAGCGGCCGAGGCCUUUGUCUUCACCUCCCGUAAACAACCGAUCGAUGCAUCUCCGAACCCGAUCAAAAAGAUGCACCCGACGAUGACAUAUCAAGCUCCGCCGGGGACAGGAUCCCCCACGGGUAAUUCGCGACCGGAUAUGUAUUACCCGUUUGAGCAGGCAAUGGUCGAGUAUCACAGUAGUGAAGAUGAUCUAGAUAGCGGGCGUGGCUGGAGUUCCCACGGGUCCAGCCCGUAUUGCGCUCACAGCCCCCCAUCCAAAAGGAGAGAGGACGAUUGGCGACCCCGAAAUCACGUGAAAUAUCCAGCUCCUCAGUACCGAGCUCGCAGCCCUGGUAUGCCACCUCCCCCGCCCCCGUACGAAGACGUACAGAGACGAAAAGCGUUAGUGACAAUUUCUGGAGUCACGCAUUCCACCACAGACUUAUAAUAACUACAGAAUGAGAUUAUCGGCAGAUAGACUGAACUAUAUUCAUGCAGAGUAAAUCAUUAAGUUAAAUGGACGCUUCAUGAAAGCGCUUUGUUACACGAGAGCACAAAUCAUCGUUUUCUCUUUUUCUCAUAUAACAAAGAAUAUCAUAAUACUGUUCUUUGGAGACGAAGAAGGAAACAGAAGAAUUUGUCCUGGGCAAUCUCUACCUAGUCAACUCCAAGGCCUUCUUUUCGCCUUCUUUCCAGGAAGACAUUUUUAACUGCAACCACAAAAACCAUCACCUUCCUCUGCAUCUAACUUGUAGACUCCAUUUAACAAGGCCCAUUUAAAUUACUUAUCAUUGUGUGUGAGGCUAACCUCUGACUAAAUGUUCUUCAUACAUUUUCCACACAAGAACGUUGAUUGUGGUACCUAAGUCUCCCCUCACCCCUCCCCACUGGACGGUGUUGUGCUUUCGCUCAAAGUUGUACAUGUACGUUUUUGUUCAAGUUCAGAUUAAUUUAACGACUAAAUAGAUGAAUAUUUACAUUUACAUUUUGUACAAGAGUAGAAUAUUUACUGUAUAGUGAGAGCGGGCUGAUUGUAGAGACUAAUAGAGGAAUGACAUUUCCAGAAAUUUAGUAAUUUAAAAUUUAAAGUUGUAAUGAAAUUAUUUAUCCUGCCUAUGACUGUAAUCAAAUUUUGCUGAUUGUAGGGAAUGGAGGGGUUAUAAGACGCUGAUUUUAUACAAUGUUAUAACGAAUGAAUACCAAGAGUUCAUUUUUUAGGAUAGGUAUUUUGAAUUGAUUUUUUUAUAUUCAUGGCAGAACGUAAAUUGAGUAACAGGAAUAAAAGGCACAAGAUGCAUGUUGAAAA